UUGAUGGAAUGGCUGUGUACAUUCGCCUGAUUCUUUGUAAUAUUAUGUAAAAGAAAAAAAAAAAAUUGAGAUUAAAGAAAAACACAUAUGACCAAGCUGUGUCGCAGAAAAAAAAAAGAACAAGGCUUUUUAAGGCAGAAGACGGUGAUCUCCUCUCAGUUUCCAGUUUCCGCCAUCCAUAGCCAAAUCUCAUGGAUCCCCAUCAACACCAACCCAUUGGACAAGCAGACGAAACCUCCCCCCCUCCCUCCAACACCGCUGCCACUUCAUGCCGCAGCUGCGGCGGCCCCACCACAUGCCCACCUCCACCGGCAUGGUCCGACAUCUCUCCGCCACCCCCCUACCGCCCCAUCCGCGCCCCCGCCAUCAACCUUCCUCCUUCCAACUCUCAACAAGCUAUCAUCCUAGCCCCCGUUCCUCAAGCCCAGAAGACCCCCGUUGUCUCUCCGCCCUAUCUUUUCCAAAUCCCCGUCAAGCGAAUCCAGACCCCAGACGACAUUCGCCAUUUCCAUGACUCCGAUUCCGGCAAGAACUUCUUAGGUUUCGUCGUUUCCCUUAGCGAAUCCAUUCGCUCCCACAAAAUUUCAGACCCUUGCCACCAAUCACCAAUCCUCAAUUCUAUUCUCUCCAUCCUUCAAUCUCUAAUCGACUGGGUCGACGAAAUACCUCCCGUUCAACAAUCUUCCCGUUACGGUAAUCUCUCUUUUAGGGUUUGGCAAGGUCGAUUGCUCGAUAAUAGCGAGCAACUGAUGCUCCAAUUCCUCCCCGAUGAUCUCCGGUCAGCUACGGUCGAACUCGUCCCUUACUUUGCCGAUAGUUUUGGGAAUUCGAGUCGAAUCGAUUAUGGAACCGGUCAUGAGACCAAUUUUGCUGCGUGGCUUUAUUGUUUGGCUAGAUUAGGGUUGCUCAAGGAAGAGGAUUACCAGGCUCUUGUUUCUAGGGUUUUUGUGAAGUACCUUGAAUUGAUGAGGAAAUUGCAAUUCGUCUAUUGCCUUGAACCUGCGGGAUCCCAUGGAGUUUGGGGUCUGGACGACUAUCAUUUUCUGCCAUUUAUAUUUGGGUCGUCGCAGCUGAUCGAUCACAAGUAUAUGAAACCCAAGUCAAUUCAUAAUCAGGAUAUUCUGGACAACUUCUCCAAGGAGUAUAUGUAUAUUUCUUGCAUUGCAUUUGUGAAGCAGGUGAAGAAAGGCCUAUUUGCAGAGCAUUCCCCAUUGUUAGAUGAUAUCAGUGGUGUACCUAAUUGGAACAAGGUGAAUAGUGGGAUGCUCAAAAUGUAUAAAGCUGAGGUGUUGGAGAAGGUUCCAAUUAUGCAGCAUUUCCUAUUUGGGUGGCUCAUCAAAUGGGACUAAUUUGGUGUAUCUGCUCUGUUGAAACACUUUCUGUGGAACAAAGAGAGUUCAUUUCCCACUAUGCUUUACAGAGAUGUAAGAAUGAAAAAUUAUUAAACCGGAAUCAUCUGUACUUCUUGGAUAGUAUAUAGAGUUUGAGUUCUCUGUUUCUUUAUGAUGUAUUUGCUUUCGGCUAACACAGAUCUAUUUCUGCAUUUUUUUUGUUUAUGAUAUUUGACAUCUUAAUGGAAAUCAGGCAGUUUUCUUUUUUUAAUAGCCAAGUAUUGAAACUGCAGAAUUUUUACAUUUGAUAUUGAUGUAAUAUAAAAUCCUAUGGAAAGACAGUAAAUUUUUCAA